ACAAAAAUUCUUUUAAGCUCUGAAACCCUAAUUUCACCACCAGAAACCCUAAUCUUCAAAUCUCUUCCAUGGCGUGCACCAUCGACUUUCGCCGCCUGGACGAGGGUUUUGGUGGAAAGACCUACAAGCGAAAGCGUGAAGAAGCCGAAAAAAGCCUCAACAUCACUGAAUCUGAAAAUGCCGACACCUCCAUGGAGAUCGACGACUCACUUCCUCCGCCUUCCAAACGAUCUGCAAUUCCUUCGUCGGAAAAUCCUGACAAACCGACCUUCGAAAACCCUACAUACGACGGCGUGAUUGCCGGAAAAGUCUCCGGACGUAAGUGGAAACAGCCGCGGAAGCACAGGACGUCCGCUAUGCAGGUGAGCCGAAAAGGCACCACGUUCGAGGAGAGGGAGAGGCAGAAGAAGAUUAAGGCGGCGUUUAGAGAACGGAAGGAGGAAUUGAAGGAGCAGAUUAGGUUAAACAAGGUGGAGAAGAGGAAGAAGAGAGAAGAGAGAGAGAAGAAGAAGAAGGAGAACAUUUUGAGAUCUGGAACUAAGCUACAGAAGAUUACAAAUCCCAAGACGCUGAAGAAGAUUGCUAAGUCUAAGCAGAAGAAGCUCCUUAAGGUUGUUCCUGAGGAUUAUAUCAAAAAAUAGGUCCGUUGCUUCUGUUCUAAGGUCAUCUUGAGUGUUCCUCCGCCAUCUUUUUAGUAAUAUAGAUAGAUUUAUCUAUUUUUCCCCUUAAAAUCUUGGAAUUUUGGCUGAAUUUUCUGUAUGAUUUGUUCGAAAUGCAUAAAAGUUAAGGAAAUCUAAGCAUAUAAUUGCGUCUCUUAAUGUUUA